AUGGAUCUAGACAUUGCCUUAAGGACUGAACAACCCCAACCUCUCACUGCAGAUAGUACUCCUGAUGCAAUAAGGGAGUAUGAGAGGUGGGAGCGUUCAAAUCGCAUGAGUCUAAUGAUCAUCAAGCGCGACAUUCCGGAAGCCUCCAGGGGCAUGGAAUCCGAAGGUCUUACUAAAGCCAAAGAUUUUCUUGUCAAAAUUAAGAAACAUUUUGCUAAAAAUGAUAAGGUAAAAACAAGCACGCUUUUAGCUCGCUUGAUUUCGAUGAAGUAUAAGGAUAAAGGAAAUAUCAGAGAGUACAUCAUGGAGAUGUCUCAUAUUGUUUCGAAACUUAAGGCACUAAAAAUUGAUCUAUGUGAUGAGUUACUGGUGCAUCUGGUUCUGUUGUCUCUUCCUACAUAA